AUGGCACAGACGUUGGAGUCGUUUGUAAACAAAGUGAUCUCGGUAAUCACUGGUGACGGGCGCACUAUAGUCGGUGUGCUGAAGGGUUUUGAUCAGACCAUAAAUUUGGUGCUGGAGGACUCGCAUGAACGGGUGUUCAGUGAAGAAACGGGGGUGGAACAAGUGCCACUCGGAUUAUACAUUGUCAGGGGCGAUAAUGUAGCAGUCGUUGGCGAGUUGGAUGAAGAACUCGAUAAGCGACUGGAUUUCAGCAAAAUGAAGGCCCCUCCUCUGGGACCAAUAUGGAUACAUAAUUAA